AUGUAUACGGGCACAGACUGUCAGCUGUGCCAAGUGAUGCAGCACGAAAUCAUCAAAGCUUCCAAGACGGUGCCGAUCGAAUUGAGCAUGUACAACAUUCGAGACGAUUCGUUGGCCGACGUGCAUACGUGGAGACGCAAGUAUCAGUACGACAUUCCUGUGCUGCAUUUGGGAGACAAAGAGAUCUUUCGACAUGGCGUGACGGCGCAACAGCUGAUUCAGAAGCUGCAACAAGAGUCCGAAGAGGCAAAUGCAGAUGCGCGCUGA